AUGACUCGUUGGCAUAAACCCACAUGCAAGGCACCACUUAUUGUGGUCCAGAAAGGGACUCCUUGGUGCAAGACUUGUGGUGCUGCACCAGACCUCAAAGGUCUCAUCCUACAACAAAAGACCACCAGCCCUUUCACACCACCACCUCGUGAUGAGCCCCUGGGACAACUGAACCUCUACUGGCCUCCUUCGGUCCCUUAUGUCACAACAGCAGGGACUAAACCAGCCACCAAACCGAAUGGCCCCGCCACGAGCAACGGCAAACUGCCUAUAUCGCCGGUUUACCCAUCCAGGCUGGCCCCGGAUGAGUUUCGCUUGAUUGCUCUUUCAGCACCAUUCAGCACCGAUGACCCCAUCCACAUCGAUCUUGAAGUGUACAAGAACGAGAGAUGCCCCGAGUAUGAGGCCACAUCCUACACCUGGGCCGGAGAAAACGGAGAUGGCUCCUUCACCAUGCCGAUCUACAUCGGCCCUUGGUGGGAUGUCUUGAUACAGACGAAGAAUUGCUGGUCAAUGCUUCGACUUAUGCGACCCUUGAAGGGAUGCCGAAUGAUCUGGGUAGAUGCUAUUUGCAUCAACCAGAAUGACAUCAGCGAGCGCGAUGCCCAGGUCUCCAAGAUGUCGCAAAUCUACUCGGCUUGUCGAUCUGUCUAUCUCUAUCUCGGCGCCACACCAACGACACAGCCAUACCCUCUGCGACGACAGCUUCAGUUGACCGAUGGGAAGCCUGUACAAACCCCCGGUGUACCAGACUAUAGAGUUGAUUUGGCUGGUCUUCUUCAAAAACGAUACUUCAGUCGCAUGUGGGUGAUUCAAGAACUCAUACUUUCCCGGCAAGCUGUCUUUCAGCUGGGCGACGUGGAGUAUUGGAUGAACUCUUCAACGAUCCGGUCUAUCUCUUCUAGUUCUCCCUUGAAGUGGGAGCAGACGAAGGCCCCUUGGCUUGAGUACCUGGGCCAGCAGACCUUCAACAACCAAGGCUUGUUCAAGACUCUCCGAGCAGUUUCCAAGUCGCAGUGCACCGACCCUCGCGACAAGAUCUUUGGAAUCAUGGCAUUGGUUGGCAACAAUCCUUCCUCGGGUUUCAGCUUCCAGGCGAACUACGGAAUUUCGUGUCAGCACAUGUUCUUUGGCGUUUUUGCAUACGCGCUUCUCAACAUGAGGAACAUUGACGUCUUGCGCAAUGCCGCAGCUAUGGAUUCCGCGGGCCAAUGCCCGUCCUGGAUGCCGAACUGGAAGGCUCCUGGGCCCAACUGGAUCUUCAAGGCACCAGAUGUGAACAUUCCGAAGUGGCAAUCCUCUACUUUCGAGGCUUGGUGGGCCAAGCUCCGCAGCCGAGAGGGCACCGUCUUCCUGAACGUGAGUGCUGGCCCCGCGCAGUGGAAGACAGAGCAUGAGAUUGAAAGUGAUCGGGAUCGUCUUCCAAGCUCGGAUUUGAAGCCAGGCCAGUUCACUCUGUAUGCCCUCCGUCAAAGUUGUAGUGCGUAUGUCAAGAGACCUUGGUUCCUCGAUGCCACAGUCAACUCUGCAAAUGGCACUCUUGGAAUCAACCUGAUUCGCCUCCUCACGAUCCCUUCGGUUCCCGAGUUUGUCCAAGAGUUGUCUGGGCUAUGGCUGUUCAAGAUCCAAGCCCCGGCGGUGUCCAAGACUAGUCGCCCUGUGAGCCUCUAUCUUACCACCACUAUGCGACUGGACAAGUACGUCAAACCCGGACGCGAUCACGUAUUUAUCCUGGACGAAGGAAACUCAUCUUGCCUGUUCUUGGUUUUGAGAGAGGCUGCCGAUGGCAAGACGUUCACGCUCUUGACAUGCUGCUAUCACGCCAGUUUCCAAUCCUCAUCUGAGUAUCUACCGGCGUCGUCUAAGAUGCGUUCUGUCGUCGAUAAGAAACGCGUACUGGAGUCUCAGAGCGACAAGGACUCUAAGCUUUCUACUCUGCUUGGAAAGAGUGUAUACCUCAAUGAUCUCCAGAUCAGUCUUCACGAGACUCUUCAGUCGAUCGACAUCUCUCAGUCCAUUUAUCGCCAUGGCUCAUCACUCUGCAGACUCUUCCUACGGAAUCAAGCAGAGUGGCAGCCUGGCACCAUCAAUGAGGCGAAGGUUAUGCUGGCUUUCCAGGGCAUCUUCAAUGACUCUCGGGGCUCCAAGCCUGGAUUCAUCGAGGCUUAUCUUGCUUGCGUAGACCCGCGGUUUGCGCCAAAGCUACGGGGCGACUACGUCGAGGUCACAGUCCAAUCCAAGGACCGGAAGCUGUUCAACAAGGAUUGCACAGAGCUGUACACAGAAUGGGGCUACAACGGCAAGGAUUGGGCCAAGGGCGGCAAGUGGUUGGAUGCAAAGGACGCAAAGCCCGUUCUACUAAGAGCUUCGCACGCUGCUUUGAGAGACGCGGCCCGGCAUACAACCAUCUUCAAGACCCUUUCCAAGGUUAGCCCCGCUGCACGAAAGACACGACAGGAUGAAGUGAUGAUGGCGAGGCGCGGCCCGCAUAAGCAGUUGUGGGAGGAUCACUUUGUGGCUCUGCCCAGGUGGCCAGCUGACAUUGUCUCUGAUUUCAAGAUUGAUGGAAGUACUGUUCGGGUUAACAUUGCUUGA